UUACUAAACGCUGAAGCGUGAUACUAGAAUUUUCUCUUACCUUUUCUCUCUGCCCUGCGUUACUGAACAUGGAGAGGGCGAGAACGAGCGGCAUCUAGAAAAGGACGAAAAUGGCGAGCGAAAUCGAGAAACCGGCUAAGAACUCGGCGGGGAUGGAGGCCGAGGUCGUCCCUGUCGAGCUCCCGGUUCCAUCGGGACGGAAGAAGAAGAAGAUUCGAAGCACAAAAGCAUGUGCACGUCAGGCUAAUCGAGAGCGGAUGAAUUCACUAGAAAGGGAGAUCCACCAAAGACGGAUGUCUCAGAUGUUUGAGAUGGAGCAUCAGGAGGUAGAUAAGGGGAUUGGGGCAUGUGAACAAGAUUUAGAGGAGUCUGAAGCAAUGGAAAGGGCCUGGAUGGAAACUCAACGUCUCAAGCGAGCUGUGCAUAAACUGCCGAUUCCAGGGGCUAACCGAGAGCGGAUGAGUUCACGUCAAAAGGAGAUCCACCGUAUACAGAGGUUUCAGAGGCUUAAGAUGGAACAUCAGGAGAUAGAUAAGAGGAUUGAGGCAUAUGAACAGCGGUUAAAGCGGUUCAAGGAGUUUGAAGAAAAGGUAAAGGCCAGGAGGGAAUCUCGAUAUGAUUAUUUGAAGGGGGCUGGGUAUAAACUGCCAAUUUCAGUGCGAAAAUUGGAUACAGCCAAGUCGACAUCUACUUGGAAUUCUACGUGCUCUGCAUCUAUUUCCAGGAUUGAUCAGGCUCUGUCGCUAUCUAGUUCGUUGUUCUUUCUUUUCUACCUCCGUUGUUGGAAGCUCUUUGAUUUCUUUAAGACAGGUUCUGCAGCAAGUUCUCCAACCGGAGUGAGAAUUGCUACGUCAGGACUUAAUGUGGUUCUGCACAAAGGAGAGGAUCAACGCCCAGGCUCUGCAGAUCUUGUUCUUCACCGUCAACUCCCAGCAUUAUUAGGUUUUGACAAGGAUCAACAUUCUGUUUAAGUGAUUUCCUCCCUGCUUGAGUUUGUCUGUGACCAACUGCCAAUGUUACAAAAAUUAUCAAACUGGGACUCAGUUUGUUUCCUCAUAUUAAGGGGAUUGCAUUAUUUUGGUUCUGCAAUUUGGGAUGCCUGUGGAGGAACACAUCAGUAGUCUCCUCAACACGCUCUUUUUAUCUGCUUUUCGUUUCAUGAUAAUCUGUUUCAUGAUAAUUGCUAGAUCUAUAUGUAUAAGCUCCUAUAGCUAAUUAUCAUGAAUUAAGAGCAUUGUUUUUGUUGGUGGCUUUUGUUUA